GCAAAACGACGCCCCAAACACCUUCGACUGAUUAAGGAACGUAGUCCCCGCCCGCGCGCGUCACGUCACAAACAUAAAAUAACGACCUCCGCUAAAAACUUGGUUAGAAUCCUCUUCCGGUUCGUCGCUGUGGCAAUCGCAGCGCUGCUGGUUGUCAUGGACACUCGGCAGAGCGCCGUCGUUGCUGCAAACGGGUGCCUGUGGCUGCGCACCACCUCGUACAGAAUACACGGUCGGCAUGACGCAGAGAGUGGCAUUACAAGUUUUUGAGCAGUACCAGAAGGCCAGAACACACUUUGUACAAACAAUUGCAGAACUUGCCACAAGGCCACAAAAUAUUGAGACUCUGCAAAAUGCAGGUGUGAUGUCUCUUUUGAGGCCCCUCUUACUAGAUGUAGUUCCAAGCAUUCAGCAGACAGCGGCAUUGGCACUAGGACGUCUAGCCAAUUACAAUGAUGAUCUGGCUGAGGCUGUUGUUAAGGGAGACAUUCUUCCACAGCUGGUGUAUUCACUAGCAGAACAAAAUCGUUUUUACAAGAAAGCUGCAGCUUUUGUGUUGAGGGCCGUGGCCAAGCAUUCUCCUCAAUUAGCCCAGGCUGUGGUGGAUUGUGGGGCACUGGAUGCACUAGUGAUCUGUUUGGAAGAGUUUGAUCCUGGAGUGAAGGAAGCAGCAGCUUGGGCACUGGGAUAUGUUGCACGCCACAAUGCAGAACUGUCGCAGGCAGUAGUGGACGCUGGAGCUGUUCCUCUUCUGGUUCUUUGUAUCCAGGAGCCAGAGGUGCCACUGAAAAGGAUUGCAGCUUCUGCACUUAGUGAUAUCGCAAAACAAUCACCAGAGCUGGCUCAAACUGUGGUGGAUGCAGGGUCUAUUGCUCAUCUAGCUCAGAUGAUCCUGAACCCUGAUGCCAAACUGAAGCGUCAGGUGUUUUCAGCUCUUGGUCAGAUUUCAAAGCAUUCUGUAGAUUUGGCAGAAAUGGUUGUGGAAGCCGAAAUUUUUCCAUCUGUUCUAACAUGUCUAAAGGACCCAGAUGAAUUUGUGAAAAAAAAUGUUGCAACACUAAUGCGGGAAAUUGCCAAACACACUCCUGAGCUGUCUCAGCUUAUUGUUAAUACAGGAGGUGUGGCUGCUGUCAUUGAUUAUAUCGGUGAUUCUAAAAGUAAUGUCAGGCUGCCUGGUAUUAUGAUGCUUGGCUAUGUGGCUGCUCACUCAGAGAACCUGGCAAUGGCAGUGAUUGUCUCCAAGGGGGUGGCUCAGUUGGCUAUCUGCCUGUCAGAAGAACCAGAAGACCACAUUAAGGCAGCAUCUGCUUGGGCCCUGGGGCAGAUAGGAAGACACACUCCAGAGCAUGCUCGUGCUGUUGCUGUGGCAAAUGUUCUGCCAAAGCUCCUUGCACUCUACAUGCAGACUGGAAGCUCUGAAGACCUUCAGAUUAAGGCUAAAAAGGCACUGAAGAACAUCCUGCAGAAAUGCACAUAUCUGCCAGCUCUUGAUCCUCUACUGCAUGAUGCACCUCCCAAUGUACUUAAGCAUGUAGUUGGGCAGUACAGUAAGGUACUACCACAUGACACUAAAGCCCGUCGUCUAUUUGUCACGAGCGGUGGACUGAAGAAGAUUCAAGAAAUUAAAGCUGAACCCGGUUCAAUUAUGCAGGAGUAUAUUAAUGGUAUUAACAACUGUUAUCCAGAAGAAAUUGUCAGAUACUACUCGCCUGGAUAUUCUGAUGCAUUGCUGGAAAGAGUUGAAAACUACCAACCAACUCUUUAAGAAAUAUUGUGGGUGGUCUUUUUUCCCCCGAAGUUUUUGUUGGUUUUAAACCAGGAAGUCUCUACUAAUUUUACUAAAAUAUUUUGUACUAAGCAUUAAAUUAUGGCCCAAGUCUCCAUCCAAAUUCUUUGAUCAAUUUCAGUUGAUUUUGUUAAUAAUUUUGCUGGAACAGUAGGAUCUCUUUGAUGAACAUGUUUCGAUUGCAUUUCGGUGCAUUAUCUUGUUUUAGUAGCGGUUAGUACUCCGAAGCCUCUUACAGACCAAAAACAUUGCAUAUUUCACAGAAAUGAAUUCUAAAUUAUGCGAGGGGUUGGCAAGGCUGUGGAUUUUCAAUGAUCUUUCCUAAAGCCCGAUUUCAGUGGCCAUAAAGCAGCUUUUGUAUUCUAUAUUAUGAAAAUAUAAACUCAUACUUGCGGCACUCUGAAACUCUGUGACACCAAUAAAUGUG